AUGACGUCGCACUCCCUCUCCAACUUCAACAAGGCCCCCAUCCAGAAGUUUGGCACCCAGGCUACAGCGCCCCCGAAGGUGAAGAUCUUCAGGUGCGGCGAAAAGCAUGACAAGGGGUACGUGGUACUCCUCAANNNCUUCCGCACUCUCGACCAGUUCCACAAGCACGUGGCUGAAAAACUCAGCCUGCUGCCCGCGGUGCGCGCACUCUACACGGUGGAGGGAAGGAAGAUAGGCAGCCUGGAGGAGAUCGAAGACAAGCAGGUCCUUGUCGCCGUCAAGACAGGCACCACCUUCACCAAGGACAGGCUGCCGCUGGCCAUCCAGCCCCCAGCGCCCGUCGAGUGA